AUGGCCGACAAAGAAAAGACUAUGGGUAUGGAGCAGGAGGAGGAAACCCUCCACAAAAUCCGCAUCACGCUCACAUCCCGUAACGUCAAGUCCUUGGAGAAAGUCUGCUCUGACCUCAUCGAAGGAGCCAAGUCGAAGGACCUCACCUGCAAGGGUACCACUUUGGAACAUUUCUAAAAUUCUACUUUUGGAUAGUAGGCGGUAAUGAAAAGUCCUUGAUUAUUUAGGUUCUAGCCUCUAUAUCCGUCUCGAAAAGAUUUGUUAAUAAGUAACGCAGGUUAGCCAGGAGAUGGACGGUCAGUAGUACACUUUUCUUACCAAGAGUUUUCUCUCGUUUUGGGUCCGUCUGAGACCAUCAACCUAAAGCGACUAUGCGAGAACCCCAUCUAUAUCCUCAUCUCUCCAAUUCAAAAUUUCAUCAAGGUCCGGUCCGUCUGCCGACCAAGCGCCUGCGUAUCUGCACUCGUAAGGCCCCGAACGGUGAGGGUACCAACACUUACGACAAAUUCGAGAUGCGCAUCCACAAGCGUUUGAUCGAUUUGCACUCCCCGUCCGAUGUUGUCAAGCAGAUCACCUCCAUCCACAUUGAACCUGGUGUGGAGGUCGAGGUCACCAUCAACGACGCCUAAGAAGAUUCGAACUGCCUCUGACUAUCAUCAUGUACCAAAACGGAAGGUGACACGAUAGUAGCAGUCGAGAUGGCAAUGGAGAAUAAACACGAGCAGCAGGAGGAUGAAGAUGGCACUUCGUGGCCGCGAUCGAAACUAGAGGCGGUAGGUGAUCGAUAAGCCGUGGUAGCAUCAUGAUUGCUGGAGCAGCAGCAGCUGCCGCUCGUUUACUUCAAACGCGUCUGGAUGGAGCACCAAGGGUGGCGAGGCCAUAAGUGGGAUUCUCACAGAUUCUGUUUCUUUCAAAUACACAAUGUGAUAGAGCAAGAGCCGUGCCUGGUUCCACAGCUAAACGCGACCUGUGAGAACACACCUCACAGACUCCAGCACCCGGCGAUACAGCAAACGUCCCGUGUUCGAGUAGUGCCCAACUCAAUGUCUCUGGUUUUCAAAAUUCUCUGAGCCUCAUGAUGAUGAUCGGUCAUUGCGAUUCUGUAGGAGAAG